GCCUCGCCUCGCCCCCGGCAGCGCCUCGCUGAGCCGGGACUCGGGAGUGCCCCGGCCAAUGGGCCAGGCCAUGCUAGCGCGCGUGCGCAGCGGCCAUUUUGGCAGGCGGUGAGGGGUUGAGUCGGUGGCCGGUGGCAGCACAGUCUCUUCCCGGUGGACGGGCCCCUCAGUGCACCUAGCGCGGCGUGUAACAACAUACAAGCAAAAUGUCUCGAAGAUAUGAUUCCAGAACUACUAUAUUUUCUCCAGAAGGUCGCUUGUAUCAAGUUGAAUAUGCUAUGGAAGCAAUUGGACAUGCAGGCACUUGCCUUGGAAUUUUAGCAAAUGAUGGUGUAUUGUUAGCAGCAGAACGGCGCAACAUCCACAAGCUUCUUGAUGAAGUCUUUUUUUCAGAGAAAAUAUACAAGCUUAAUGAGGAUAUGGCUUGCAGUGUUGCAGGGAUAACUUCAGAUGCUAAUGUUCUAACAAAUGAACUGAGACUUAUUGCACAAAGGUAUCUAUUGCAGUAUCAAGAACCAAUUCCUUGUGAGCAGUUGGUAACAGCACUGUGUGAUAUCAAGCAAGCUUAUACACAGUUUGGAGGAAAACGUCCUUUUGGUGUUUCAUUGCUGUACAUUGGCUGGGAUAAACAUUAUGGAUUUCAGCUGUAUCAGAGUGAUCCUAGUGGAAACUAUGGAGGAUGGAAAGCCACAUGCAUUGGGAAUAAUAGUGCUGCAGCUGUGUCAAUGUUAAAACAAGACUAUAAAGAAGGAGCAAUGACCUUGAAAUCUGCACUUGCUUUAGCCGUUAAAGUGCUAAACAAAACCAUGGAUGUUAGUAAACUCUCUGCAGAGAAAGUUGAAAUUGCAACAUUGACAAGAGAGAAUGGAAAGACAAUAAUUAGAGUACUAAAGCAAAAAGAGGUGGAACAGUUGAUAAAAAAACAUGAGGAGGAAGAAGCAAAAUCUGAGCGUGAAAAGAAGGAAAAAGAACAAAAAGAAAAAGAUAAAUAGAACUUGAAAUCAGGCAUUUUAUAGAUUAUAUAGGACCUGCUUCAAUGAAAGAUUUGGAUUUCCACUUUAUGAAAGCCUGCAAAUCUGAUAAAGUGGAAAAGCCAGAAAUAUUACUUAUUGAGCCAGGCCUUCAGUCAUCAUAAAACUUAAUACUUGAUUUACCACUUCUUGCAUUGAAUUACUAUUACUUUAAUUCUAGAAUUCAUUUAUUUCUUACAUCUUUUUGUUUUGUAUUACAGAAUAAAAUGUUAAAAGAA